UUAGAUUUUACUAAGAAGUCAGCUAGCAUUUUUCAACAUUCCCUUCUGUUCUUUGUUUUUAAAGAAAAAGCUCUGAUUUUGUUUCAUUUUCAGCUGGAGACUUAAAUGACACCAAGCAAAGCCUACUUAGUUUAGAUUUCCAGAAAUUGACUUGUGAAAAGUCAAAUAUGAAGUUUGCAGCUUUGUUUUGUUUUGUUCUGCUUAUCAUUUUUCAAAUUGACUUUGGGCAAAAUGAAGAAGCUCCUAGGAAGCAAAGGAGGAAGAUAUAUCACAGAAGAUUGAGGAAAAGUUCAACCUCAUCCAAGCAUAGAUCAAACAGACAGCUUGGAAUUCCCCAAACAAUUGUGACACCAGUAGCAAGAGUUCCCAUUGUUAACUUUGAUUAUGGAGUGGAGGAAAAGUUUGAAUCUUUUUUAAAUUUUCUUGGAGAAGAAUCAAGCUAUAAUGUGUUACCAGGAAAGAAGGGACACUGCUUGGUAAAGGGCAUAACCAUGUACAACAAAGCUGUAUGGUCUCCUGACCCCUGCACUACCUGCCUCUGCUCAGAUGGAAGAGUGCUUUGUGAUGAAACCAUGUGCCAACCCCAGACAUGCCUGCAAACAGUCAUACCAGAAGGGGAAUGCUGCCCAGUCUGCUCUGACACUGUCUCCUAUUCUCUACUCAGUGGUAUAACAUUAAAUGACAGAACUGAAUUUUCUGGUGAUUCUUCAGAACAAAGAGAACCUACGAAUUUACUUCAUAAGCAGCUGCCACCUCCUCAGGUGGAAAUGGACCAAGUAUUAAGAAAAGAAGCACUUCAAUCUGAGGAGGAUAAAGAAGAAAUUAAAGAAGAUACAGAGCAAAAGAAAGAUUCCCCUGGACCUAGAGAUCAGGGGAAACUUCACAAUGAGGGGGAUAGCCAAGGAGGAAAGAGAAGGCAGAGGCCUGGAGAGGAGGAGAGGCUGGUGUAUCAACGACGACACAAAGGAAGGGAAGAGGAAGAGGAGGAUGAGGAGGAAGAGGAGGAAGAGGAGGAAGACGAGGAGGAAGGAGAGGAGGAGGAGGAGGACCCUGUAAGAGGAGAUGUGUUUCGAGUGCCCUCUCCAUUCCCAGUUCCUGUUCCCCCCAGGUGCACACUUCGCCUGCCAAGUGGUUGCUCUCUGUCCUACAGGACCAUCAGCUGCAUCAAUGCCGUCCUCACCCAGAUACCACCGCUGACAGCUCCAGAGAUAACAAGUCUGGAGCUCAUUGGAAAUUCCAUCGCCUCCAUCCCGGAUGAAGCAUUUAAUGGACUUCCGAAUUUGGAAAGGCUUGAUCUGAGCAAAAAUAAUAUCACUUCUUCAGGCAUAGGUCCAAAAGCAUUCAAGCUUCUGAAGAAGUUAACGCGUCUGAAUAUGGAUGGAAAUAAUUUGACACAGAUUCCAUCAGGAUUACCAUCUAUGUUAGAAGAACUUAAAAUCAAUGAUAACAAUCUUCAGGCUAUGGAUGAAGAAAGUUUAUCAGACUUAAAUCAAUUGGUCACCUUAGAAUUGGAAGGAAACAAUCUCAGUGAAGUCAAUGUCAAUCCUUUAGCUUUCAAACCUUUGAAGAACCUAUCCUACUUGCGUCUGGGAAAAAAUAAAUUUAGAAUUAUACCACAGGGUCUUCCUGCUUCUAUUGAGGAAUUAUACCUAGAAAAUAACCAAAUUGAAGAAAUAACUGAAAUCUGUUUCAAUCAUACCAGAAAGAUCAAUGUCAUUGUACUACGUUAUAAUAAAAUUGAAGAAAACAGGAUUGCUCCUUUAGCCUGGAUAAAUCAAGAAAAUCUAGAAUCCAUCGACCUCUCCUACAAUAAGCUGUAUCAUGUCCCCUCCUAUCUACCCAAGUCCUUGCUGCAUCUCGUGCUCAUCGGGAACCAGAUUGAUCGGAUCCCUGGCUAUGUGUUUGGCCAUAUGAAGCCAGGCCUGGAAUACCUGUACCUAUCAUUUAACAAACUCGCUGAUGAUGGUGUUGACUGUGUCUCAUUCUACGGGGCAUAUCAUUCUCUGAGAGAAUUAUUUCUGGAUCACAAUGACUUAAAAUCUAUACCACCUGGAAUACAAGAAAUGAAAGCACUACAUUUUCUGAGGCUGAACAACAACAAGAUACGGAAUAUUCUUCCAGAACAAAUUUGCAAUGCUGAAGAGGAUGGUGAGUCAACUUUGGAACAUCUUCAUCUUGAAAACAAUUAUAUUAAAACUAGAGAAAUAUCAUCCUACGCAUUUUCAUGCAUAAGAUCAUAUUCAAGUAUUGUUCUCAAACCACAAAACAUCAAGUAAUUCCAAGUUUUCCUUUGUCAUUUAUAAAUUUUAGUCAUAUAUUUGUAGUAGUUACAUUUGUCAUUAAUAAGAGAAACAUAAUCCUCACGUCAUACUCAGUAUCAUUACACUAGUCAACUUGAUUAACCAAUCUACAGAACAACCAAAAAUAUACCUGCAAAGUGUAGUCUUCUAGGAUUUUUAGUAAAGGUAAAAAACACUCAGUUUCCCACCUCUAGAAAGAAGCCAUCUCAUUAGAAUAGGAUGUUAUGCAUGCUGAGCUAGACCAGCAGAAUCUGGAGCAAAAUAAACAUGUCCUUUACAAUCAA